UCUUGGCGUCAAAAGAGGAUUGCCAAGGAUCCUGGUGUGGCAGAGUAACCUUAGCUCUAAACCCAACGGUUGCACAGUUGCCCUCAAACCCCAGAAUCCCAAUCAAGGGAACGAACACAACCCACUCCUCCUCACCUCCAACAACCAACACCACCAUGACGAUCCUGUGCCUUGCCAUUGUUGGAAAGAACAAUGAACCGCUCUACCUCUGCGACUGUGAUUUUGAUAAGGAAAACAAGGAGGAUUCCGCCGUGAACGAAGACGAUGAUAUCUUUGGAUUUGCAUCGGAAACGACCAAAGGAGCAGAGAGCGCGCUGUCUCUGGACAAUGAGUUCCUCAUGUACGCCGCUUUGGAUUAUCUGGAAGAAGCCUUGGGGAUUCAUCCCGGAUUGCCCUCACGCCGCCAAACGGGGUCGCACUGGAUUGGGUAUCUCUGUCCCAUGGGGGAUGCCAAAUGCUAUGGAUAUGCCACGGCGACCAAUGCCAAAUUCAUUGCCAUGGCCACCAAUGAUGUUUCGGAGUCCAAACUCAAAAUUUUGUUCAAUAGCUUGCACGAUCUCUACGUCAAACACACCAUGAAUCCAUUUUCCAAAAUUGGAGGCAAGAUUGUCUCGUCCCAAAAAUUCAGUCAGGGAGUCAAAGAUGCCGUGGCGGAAUACAAGAAAAGUAUCAAUCAAACGUAGCUACAAGUCUAUACAUACUCAUAUAUUAGUAAGUAAUUGGUCUAUCU